AUUUGCGCAAAAGCAUAUUUGGAGCAACAACUUCCUCUUGCCUCGUCACAAGGCCAUAUCCUUUAAUGUGCUGAAAACAAAAAAGAUCUAUUUUGGUCGUUUCAUUUUGGGAAAGAAAUGGCACGUCUGUGGAUUUUAUUUUUCAUUCUAUUCUUAGUGGAAAAAAAGGAGUGAUUCAAAACGUGUGGUGCUUAACUGAACAGUGUACAAGAAAACAUUUUGUGAGUACAAAAUCAAUAAGCAAUAAAACUGCUGAUAUUAUGUACACUUUAUGGGAUUUGGGAAGCGUUUUGAUUGAGCUGUGCACCCCAGAUUCAGAAUUACGUAAAAGUUAUCUUUUCAACAUUCCUUGCCUCAAAGACUUGAUUGAGACUGAAGACGAAAAUAUCAACAGCUGCAUCAAAACAAGGGACGACGUUAUUGAUAAUUAUACACAAUCAUGGGAUCAUUCAAUCUAUGGAUCGGCUGAUAUGAAUUUACGAAUGGAUAGAGAUUGCAUGAGAAACGCAUACCUUCUGGCUUGUAUAGCUGAUAAAACGAAGGAAUCUUGUGGUGAAGCUACAAGCAAUCUUAUCUUGGACAUUCUGAAGCGAUCCAACGCUCUCAAAUGGAUAGACUGCAGACAAGAGAAAAUAGAGGAAUUAAACACGAAAUUCUUAGAUUAUCUCAAGCUAAACGGUGACAAGAGAAAGAUAUUUUCUUCAGUUUUUGGCGGAUAAACUGUUAGAAAAAUUAUGAAAUGCAAACGUAGAAAAUCAACGUAAAAGAUGUGUCAAGUGAUAAAAUUUUAUAUCAAUGUAAUGAUAGGAAAUGAUUUGAUUUCAGUGUUAUAAACACGUGAAAGUAUCACUUGCGGAAGCAUUUACAUUGUUGGAAUGAAUUUAAUAAUUUUUUAAAUAAUAUUAUAGCUUUAAGAUGUCCGAGUAAGUUCAGAGGUUUUUUUUUGAAAAAUAUAU